AUGGGGUUCCGGGAUUACAGUGAUUUUAACCAAGCCCUCCUUGCUAAGCAAGCAUGGAGGAUGAUUACUACGCCGGAAUCCUUGUGUGCGCGGGUUCUCCGGGCCAGAUAUUUCAAGGAUGGUGAUUUUAUGAGCGCCAAAUGCCCAAAAUGGGCUUCUUUUACCUGGAGAAGUAUCUUGCAUGGGAGGGACCUGCUGAAGGAGGGACUAGUCUGGAGAGUGGGUAAUGGUGCAUCAAUUGAUGUGUGGAAUCAAAAUUGGAUACCUCGUUCAUCGCUACAGAGACCUUUUGGCCAUAAACCGAACCAGGAGGUACAGAAAGUGCAGGAACUGCUUCUGCCAGGAGGUAUGGGAUGGGACAUAACGAAACUUAAUGAGUUGUUUUUUGAGGAGGAUGUGGCCGACAUAGUGAAGAUCCCUGUAGGUAGAGCUGGAACUGAUGAUUAUGUUGCUUGGAAUUACACCAAAUCGGGGUUUUUUAGUGUACGCUCAGCUUACCACCUCAAACAGCAUUUGAAACAGAUGGCGGCGGGGAGGGGUAGCUCGUCUCUGAGCUGCUCAGAGCAUCGAGGUUGGCUCUCGCUGUGGGCGGCGAAUGUUCCUGGUAAGGCCAAAGUGCAUUGUUGGAGACUUGUUAAGAAUGGCCUAGCAGUGGGCGACGAAUUGCGCAGGAGGAAUAUCAAAGCAGGGGUGGUGUGUGUCGCUUGCAACAGGGCAGAGACGAUUCACCACCGCUUUUGGGCCUGUCCACAUUCGGUGAGGAUCUGGGAACUACUGAAGGAGCGCUCUGGGCUGCGCUUGGCUGCGCCACCACGUGACUGUCGCUCGCAUGGGGAGUUGCAAACAUGGCUACUGGACUGGUUAGCGGGACUGAAAGAGAAGGAGCUAGCGCUGGCUAUGAUGGCAUUAUAUCACAUGUGGCUGGCUCGUAACGAUGCCCGAGAUGAGCCUAUGAUUGAGGACCCGGACAGAACUGCGCGGCGGAUUCUUGGCUUAUUGGACGAGUGGCGAGCGCUUAAACCGAGCAGCGGGCAACAGUCUCAUCCGGAAGUGGAGCACUGGCUCCCCCCUGAGGUAGGCUGGCACAAGGCGAACGCCGAUGGCGCUCUAUCUCCUGGUGAAGGAACUGGCGGGGUGGGGGUGAUCAUCAGAGAUCACCAUGGCGAAGCGUUGUUGGGCGCCUGCCAUUUUUUCCCUCGCGAGACGGAUCCUGAGAGGGUGGAGCUUCUAGCGUGUAAGCGUGCGGUUCAAGCUGCCCGACAACUGGGAACGAGGAGGUUGGUGCUAGAGACAGAUUGCGCUGGAGUGGUCAGCAAGCUUCGGAAGGAGGAGUUGGAUCGAUCGGUCCAUGGCCCUUUGGUUGAGGAGAUAAAGGUGCUGAUCGGUGAGUUUGAGGACUCCAUGAUCAAGCAUGUUCGUCGUUCUGGUAACGGAGUGGCGCAUAAGUUAGCUAAGGAAGGCUGCAUAAAUAAGCUGUGCAAUACCUGGGUUUCGUCUUACCCAGAUUAUGUAUUGGAUGUUUUAGCUCGUGACAUUGGUUAA